AUGACCUGCGUCGGAGACAGCUAUGACUUGGCUCUACCAGCCGGUCCCGAUGUGGGAUUCAAUCCGAAUCACGUGACGAUGAGCAACUUUGCGCUGCGCCAGACGUUGGCGGUGGCCCACCCAACCCAUAACAUAGGCGGAUCCUGUCAAUAUGGUCGCAGCGAUGGUGAGGGACAAGUGGGCGUCACGGUAGAGCAAAUCACGUACGCCAACAGUGUAAACAGCAUGCUUACCAGCCCUCGGAUCAUGCUUGGUUGCCGUUACCGCUACUUCUGCAACUAUGGCCUCGCAGAAAUCAGCAUCCAGCCAAUUCUCUAUACGCCUGCUCCGCGAGAAUGGCGGUCUGAUCAGACAUACGAGCUCGGAGUUGAAGUGGUUGACGAUUUCGGUCCAACGUGGAUAGCGGAUGGGACCGACACGGGAGCUGAGGUUCAAGCGAUAGACCAGAACGCAAACACGGGCGGGUACUGGUACUGUCAUUGGACCGAUACAGACUCCGGCUCCAUGGAUAGAACCGUCUGCUUCUCGGACGAAUUCUCCCCAAGAAUAGACAGGACUUGGACGGCGAACUUCCUUGCUUCGGCGUCGAUACGAGUUUACUGCUGGCAGCGAUGUGCUUGCAAUUUCAUGCCAACGAGAGAUAACUAUACCAUCGAAACGUGGAUGUCGCCGACAGCCAGCGUUUGGCAUUUUGUUGCGACCCAUGACCUGACUACCUCAGCAGACGGAUUCGUAAAUCUGGAAGCCUCGGGAUCUCAGACCAGCGAAAGACAAGUACUCCCGCCACAGAACCGGCUCAGUGUACUGCACCACCAAGCGCCUGCAGGCACGUGCGGGGCAGACAGCCGGAAGUUCUGUUCAGAUGCCUUGGCCGAUGGACGUUCUCGGACCCAUCCCAAGGGCGCCUCCAGACGCGACACAGAUUGUCAGGAGUCCCCCAAGGUCUAG